AUAUAAACUGAAAGUAGGUAAUAGCGUUACGUGUAGUUAUUCAGCAAGAUAUUAACAUGAAGAUUCUACUGCUGUGUCUAAUAUUUGUGGUCAUACCAUCAGAGGAAAUCCAGGAAUUUCAGAAUAGUAACUUACAGUUUUCUGCCGAUGUAUACAAGGUAAUCUCUGGAAAAAACACAGGAAACUUUUUGAUAUGUCCCUUAUCGGCACAAAUUGUUCUGUCACUUGCAACCGUCGGAGCCAGAGAAAAUUCUGCCAAGCAGUUAAGUAACUCUUUGCAUUUCCCGAAUGAUCCAGUCAAGAUUCAAAAUAUUUUCCGAAAUCUGAACAACCAUUUCGACGUUGCAGAGCCAUACCAAUUCAGCAGCGCAAAUAAAAUAUACCUUAAUGACAAAUGCGAAAUCAAAAGUGACUACAGGGAUGUCGCCAUUAACACGUUUAAAGCUGGAAUAGAAAACAUCAACUUUGCUGAUACUGAAAGGGCCACCAAAUUAAUUAACCAAUGGGUUGAGGAAAAAACUAGCAAUAAAAUCAAAGAUUUGGUAGGAAAAGAUACGUUAAGAUCGGACACCUUUGCGAUCUUAGUAAAUACUUUAUACUUUCAUGGAAAUUGGGUUCAUGAGUUUGGUGCAAGUGGGGAUUACAAACAAGACUUUUAUGUCAGUGAAACCGAAACUGUACCGACCAACUUUAUGACACAAAGAAAUGAUUUUAAUUAUUGCUACAAUGAAAUACUUCGUGCAGAAUUUUUAGAAUUACCGUUCGUUGGAGAUGAUGUCACUAUGACUAUUGUUUUGCCAAAGGAUAGGCAUGGAUUAAAGGAACUAGAAACUCAUAUUUCUAGUGUUAUUUCACCUCAAAGUUUGAAAAAACUAGACUCGGUGAUUACUAUACCAAAGUUCAAGAUGGAAUCUACAAUUGAUUUUAAGGAACUUCUAAAAGAGUUGGGUGUAACGGAACCGUUUACUAAAAAUGCAAAUUUCAUUGGAAUCACCGAAGAACGUAUUGAUAUUGACGAUGUUGUCCAAAAGACAUUUAUAGAAAUUAAUGAAAGAGGAGCAACGGCAGCAGCUGCUACUAAAAUGUCAUUUAUACCUGUCAGCAUGCCCCGUGUGUUCUUGACUGCAAACCAUCCUUUCAUAUACUUUUUGAGGCAUCGCAGCACUGGAGUUUUCUUUAUUGGAAGAUUUUCAAGACCUUAGUGAACGAUUUUUGUAUUUUCGUUAGCGAGCAUUAGGAAAAUAAAUUUGUCAAAUUCUCA